AAACACCCACACCGGAUGAGCACCAUUCCCUUCUUCCUGCUCUUGUCCGGGGUUGGCGUGUCUUCCUUCCGGCUCGCCGAAAGAAAGUUGCAGGGGAGGUUCAGAGGCAACAGGGCUCAGACAGAAAUGGACAGCCAUGGCAGGAAAGUGGUGGUGUGUGACAACGGGACCGGGUUCGUCAAGUGCGGCUAUGCUGGCUCCAACUUCCCAGAGCACAUCUUUCCCGCCCUGGUCGGCAGGCCCAUCAUCCGCUCCACGGCCAAAGUGGGAAACAUUGAGAUCAAGGACCUGAUGGUGGGCGACGAGGCCAGCGAGCUGCGCUCCAUGCUGGAAGUCAACUACCCCAUGGAGAAUGGCAUCGUGAGGAACUGGGACGACAUGAAACACCUGUGGGACUACACCUUCGGUCCGGAGAAGCUCAACAUCGACUCCCGCAGCUGCAAGAUCCUCCUGACCGAGCCUCCAAUGAAUCCCACCAAAAACCGGGAGAAAAUCAUAGAGGUGAUGUUUGAGACUUACCAGUUUUCAGGAGUCUACAUCGCCAUUCAAGCCGUGUUGACGCUGUACGCUCAAGGCCUUCUGACUGGCGUGGUGGUGGACUCGGGCGAUGGCGUGACGCACAUCUGCCCAGUGUACGAGGGCUUCAGCCUGCCCCACCUGACCAGACGCCUGGAUAUCGCGGGCCGGGACAUCACCCGCUACCUCAUCAAGUUGCUGCUCCUGAGAGGCUACGCCUUCAACCACUCUGCAGACUUUGAGACGGUGCGCAUGAUGAAGGAGAAGUUGUGCUACGUGGGCUACAACAUCGAGCAGGAGCAGAAGCUGGCGCUGGAGACCACCGUGCUGGUGGAGUCCUACACGCUGCCAGAUGGCCGUGUGAUCAAGGUGGGCGGAGAGCGCUUUGAGGCCCCGGAGGCUCUGUUCCAGCCCCACCUCAUCAACGUGGAGGGCGUCGGCGUGGCCGAGCUGCUCUUCAACACCAUCCAGGCGGCCGACAUCGACACCAGGCCUGAGUUCUACAAACACAUUGUGCUCUCGGGAGGAUCCACCAUGUAUCCGGGUCUGCCCUCGCGACUGGAGAGGGAGCUCAAGCAGCUGUACCUGGAGCGUGUGCUGAAGGGAGACGUGGACAAGCUCUCGAAAUUCAAGAUCCGCAUCGAGGAUCCUCCCCGGCGAAAGCACAUGGUGUUCCUGGGCGGGGCCGUGCUGGCCGACAUCAUGAAGGACAAGGACAACUUCUGGCUGACCCGGGAGGAGUACCAGGAGAAGGGCGUCCGCGUGCUGCAAAAACUCGGCGUCACCGUCAGAUAAAGCGCCCGACACACACACACACACACACACACACAUUACAUGAUCGCACAGCGCAACACACACAUUUCCCGCCCCCCUCCCCAUAAGAGAAUAUAUCUAUUUAUCCUUCUUCUCUUCGGGCUCGUGAUGCUCCUCAAACAUCAGAGGACGCCAAGCCGCCACCUUUUGAUCUCUCCUCCUUCCUCCUCUCCCCCUCCAGCCCUGACAAACACUUCCAUCUUUGCACAGCCGGAGUUCUUAAGAAACGACGAAUCAGCGUAAAAACCGGGGACGGGGCCGCAAAGUGUAGAAGCCCCUCGCACCUGUACGCGCCUUCGAGAUCACAAUCAGGGUCCGCCUCCAAACGCCACGAGCUUUCAAGCAUCUGUCAGCGACAACUAAUCACUUUUUUUUAUUAUUAUUUUUUUUCCCCACAGACGUGUUUUUUUUUUUUUUAUAAGCCGCUUUUUCUUUUCCGGGAGAGGGAUUCCAUUUUUGUUUUUUUGCAUUUCUUUUUCAUUGCUGUGCACUACUACCAUUGCAAAUGGAGUGUAUCGUGGUAACAGAAGUUCCUCCGUGUUUUUAUGAAGACUUAAUUCCUUGAAGGGGCGAUAUAUAAAAAAAAAAAAUGAAGUAGAAGAAAAUGACGCCCCGCCCGAAGCUUGAUAUGGGUAUGUGUGAUGGUACUUUCCGGUGUGGGGGUGUUUGUCCCGCCUCAUGACGUCUUGUAUAUUUCCUCCUAAUGCGGCCAGUCACAGAAGGGCAGUUUGAUUGGGAAAAACGGCGGGCACCCAAACUUGAGAGAUUGAAGUUGUCCCCCAGCAGGCCGACGCGAUGAAUACUGGAGGCACUUCCAUUUCUUUUCCUUUUUCAUUUUGGAGUAAAUGUGUAUAUUUUUCUUUUUUUUCCUCUUUCCGUGGACGUCUCAUCCAGUGCCAAGUGCAGUUCCUUGUCAGCUGGAGCUCAUCUUUUAUGUCCCGCUCUCUUUUUUUGUCACUGUUUUUAUUUUGUUGUUCAUAGCAUAACUGCCUAACGCUGAUUUAAAUAAAGAAAAGUGAUUUAUAAGGACA